CACCGGAAGCGUUGGUAUUGUUCUGGAAACAGUGUGACAAACGUUCCGCAGCUGUGUCCAGUUUUUAUACACUGUCAUUUCUCGACACAGAUUGGUUAUUUCGGUUCUAACGGAAGUCGGUUAGAACACUUUACCGGUCUGUUGAAGGAGAUAACCGUUAGAACCGUCCACACCGUGAGGAGCAGCGAUGGCGUCGCCGCUGGAGAUGACGGAGAUGUACGACAACGCUUUACUGGGGAUCUUGCAGCACGUCGGCAACAUCCAGGACUUUCUGCAGGUCUACUUCGGCUUUCUGUACCGCAAGACGGACUUUUACCGCCUGCUGUCCGGUCCCGGCGACAAGAUGGGCUUCCCCCCGGGAGUGGCGGAGAAGAUGGUGCAGAAGACAUUUAAGUUGUUUGAGAAGUUGGCCGAGCAUGACAGAGAGAGAAUGCUGAGUGAGCUGCAGAGGCGAGAGGAGAGUAGAGGGGUUCCCUCUGCAGUUCAGGAGCUGGAGGUUGCCUCUGAGCCUCACCAGGAGACGGUGGAGCCGAGCACAGAGGCGGUGCAGAUCAAGAGCUCAGCAACGGAUGCUGCGGCUGCUUCAGCUCCCGCAGCCUUAGAUGCGCCCGUCAUCCCUUGGCCUGACAGCAGCAGCGGUAGCGGUGGUCCAGCAGCGAAGGGAGAUCAGGCAGCUGCAGCCAACACAAAGUCAGCAGAACAGAGUCAGGACAUGUAUCAGUCCAAUCCUGACAGUUACAACGGGGCGUUGAGGGAAAACUACAGCUGGUCUCAGGACUACACGGACGUGGAGGUCCGAGUGUUCGUUCCCAAGUCAGUUGUUAAAGGCAAACAGGUCAGCGUCAGUCUGCAGACCAGCAGCGUGCAAGUGAACGUGAGUGACGGAGCCAAGGACAAAACACUGAUGGUGGGAGAAUUCACACACAAGAUCAACACUGAAAACUCUCUGUGGAGUCUGGAGCCUGGAGACUGUGUGGUUCUGUCACUCAACAAGACCUCUGAGGUUUGGUGGAGCGCUGUGCUGAAAGGCGAAAAGGAGAUUGAUAUAAACCAAAUUAACCGCGAGCGCUCCAUGGCAACAGUGGACGAGGACGAGCACGCUGUUCUGGACAGACUCACGUUCGACUACCACCAGAAGCUGCAGGGAAAGCCGCAGAGUCAUGAAAUGAAAGUGCAUGAGAUGCUGAAAAAGGGCUGGGACGCCGAAGGGUCGCCGUUCAAAGGGCAGCAGUUCGACCCGUCCAUGUUUGACAUCCCGCCCAGCGCGGUGCAGUUCUGAGACGCAGCCAGAUAUGAACUGAUUCUAGUUUGUUCACAGAGCCGGCUGCAGGAGAGACGAUGUUUACCUGCCGAACUAAAAUGCUGGAAGUUUGUUUUUAACCGUAGAAGCUGCAUGUCAGGGUUUGUGGGUUUGGAAAGGGAAUAUUCCCACCUUGAUUCUGACGAGGAUGUGUCAUGAUGUCAAACAUUUAUUUGAUGUUUUGGCAGUUGGAAAUCUGAUAAAUAUGAUUAUUUAAUAACAGUGCCUAUGUGUAUGUCUGCCCUACUGACUGAUUCUGUUGUUUCAUUGUUAUUCUCAUUCCUAUUGUUGAGCUUUUAUUUCAGUAGCCACAGUUUUUUUCUAAAUAUUCAGCAAAAUUCCAGAAAAAUGCAAAUUAUUUCACCUUAGGAGUUGAUUUGUGAAAAUACACAGCUGAUGCAGAAAGAACAUCAACAGAACAAACGGUGAAAGACGAGACAGAGACGUGACAUUUCUGUAUGUUUGAUGGAAUAAUUCAAGGUGCAACUUCACCACAACCAAGUGAGAAAACUUUUUUGUGAUAUGCCAAAUUUUGUCUUCUCAGGUUUUUAAUGCACAGAGACAAACAGCAGGAUGGAAAUCUUGUUUAGCAACAGACAUAUGCUCUGGUCUGUUACUCUGUCAUCCGUCAUGGUGAUGGGCAGCACUGCAGCAUGUCUGAUGAGAAGAUCCACUGCUGCUUUACUGUUUCAGCUGCCAUGCUCUGCUUUUAACUUCCAACCAAAAAAGAAAAAAAUGUUGAAUAAAAACUUAUUAAAUAGAAAAAAUAAAGUUAAUUCUUGACUUUUAAUAUGUCCUCUCUCCAGUUAGGACACACAUCAACACAUCUCACAGCUUUUUACUUUUUUUUUUUUUUUUAAAUAGCUAUGCCUAAAAAUACAUUAUGGGCCAGAGCAUGGGUCAUUCAGUGAAAAAUCAAUUAGUGCUUCUCACUUGACCAACUCCCCCACGACCCUAGUGAGGAUUAAGUGGUGUAUGGAUAAUGGAUGGAUGGAUGGGACUUGACCAACUGAGAAUCAGCUCUUUAUUUAUGUCCAAUAAUUUUAGUAUUUUUAAUUGAGCAAAAAAAGUUACUCAUAAAAUUAAAGGGUGCUAAACAAAAAAA